AUGGGCAACAUCUGCUCCCGCAACGACUCCGACAACUUCAGCCAGCCCGGCCGUGUCGUCGGAACAAGUCCACGGAACGACGCGCCCCGCGCCUCCGUCCCCGCAAAGACAAAUUGGAAAGCCACGCCCGGGCGGACGCUAGGUCAAAGCGACAGCACGAACGCAGGGGCAGGGGCUGACGAGGCGCGCGCAAACGCCGCCAUAGCCGCACAGAAACGCGCGGAAGGUGCUGGGCCUAAGGGCAAGUUGGGGUCUAAAUUGGCGGCGCAGAAGGCGCAGACUCAGGCGCAGACGCUGGGGGAGGUUAGUCGGGAGGAGAGGGCUGUUAGGGAUGCGGAUGGCGCUGCUGAGGCGCGGAGGUGGGAGUGA